CUUGAUUGCCCUGAAAGGGUUCCCGCUCUCAUUUCAGAUGGAUUUGCUGCAGUUAAGCCCAAAUUUCCUGGCAAGCCCGAGAGGAGGUUUUUCCAAAGGGCGUCUCAGACCGUGAAGGCACAGCCUUUCCAUGUCUAAUCGCGAAAGCAAACCGCUGGACACAUGCUCCCUGUUUCCAGCUGGUUGUGUGUAUGUUUCCUUCACACUUGAACAAAAACGUGCCAAGGUGUGACAUUUUUGAAUCCCACCAACUGGGAGCUGUGCACACAAAUCCGUUUUGCCUGUGGUGUGGGAAAGUGAUGAAUGGGGGCUGUUCUGCCUGGGGAGGAGGACUGCGUUCCCUCUGGCAUGUCUGCAGCCUUCUUUAUUACACACCGAGGUAUAAAACCGCCUGGCCGGCUGCAGCUCUCAUCUCUAGCCCUGGCACUUGCAUGAGGAGACGACGUGCCUGGAGCCCCGGCCGAAUUCUCCAGGAAGCUCUGUGACUCUGUUGAGAAUCAUGCUCGGGAGGCAGUUCGUCUGUUGGCACCUGCUGGCUUUGUUUUUCCUCCCAUUUUGCCUGUGUCAAGAUGAAUACAUGGAGGUGAGCGGAAGAGCUAAUAAAGUGGUGGCGAGAAUAGUGCAAAGCCACCAGCAGACUGGCCGUAGCGGCUCCAGGAGGGAGAAAGUGAGAGAGCGGAGCCAUCCUAAAACUGGGACUGUGGAUAAUAACACUUCUACAGACCUAAAAUCCCUGAGACCAGAUGAGCUACCGCACCCCGAGGUAGAUGACAUAGCCCAGAUCACCCCAUUCUGGGGCCAGUCUCCACCAACCGGAGGACUGCCCCCAGACUGCAGCAAGUGUUGCCAUGGAGACUACAGCUUCCGAGGCUAUCAAGGUCCCCCUGGGCCUCCAGGCCCUCCUGGCAUUCCAGGAAACCAUGGAAACAAUGGCAAUAAUGGAGCCACUGGCCAUGAAGGGGCCAAAGGUGAGAAAGGAGACAAAGGUGACCUGGGGCCUCGAGGGGAGCGGGGGCAGCAUGGCCCCAAAGGAGAGAAGGGCUACCCGGGGAUUCCACCAGAACUGCAGAUUGCAUUCAUGGCUUCCCUGGCAACUCACUUCAGCAAUCAGAACAGUGGGAUUAUCUUCAGCAGUGUUGAGACCAACAUUGGAAACUUCUUUGAUGUCAUGACUGGUAGAUUUGGGGCCCCAGUAUCAGGUGUGUAUUUCUUCACCUUUAGCAUGAUGAAGCAUGAGGAUGUUGAGGAAGUGUAUGUGUAUCUCAUGCACAACGGCAAUACAGUCUUCAGCAUGUACAGCUAUGAAACAAAGGGGAAAUCCGAUACAUCCAGUAACCAUGCAGUGCUGAAGCUGGCCAAAGGAGAUGAAGUUUGGCUGAGAAUGGGCAAUGGUGCUCUUCAUGGGGACCACCAGCGCUUCUCCACCUUUGCAGGCUUCCUGCUCUUUGAAACUAAGUAAAUAUAUGAAUAGACCAGCUCCACUUUAGGGAAGACUUGUAGCUGAGCUGGUAUUGUUAUGAUCUGAGGGACAUUAGAGUUAAGGGCUCUACAUGCUAUAUUUAAAACAUUUUUUUAAAUUUUAUUGUUAAUUGCUAACCAUGCUACAGGUGCACCAAUAAUGCUGCAUGACUCAGGGGCUCAGAAGAAUAAACCACAAAACAGUCUUCCCAAGUGACCUUGACUGAUAUACUCAGCACCCUCAUCACUCUUCUCUAGGUGCCUAAAAGAGAAUUCUUCUCUUGAUAUAGGUUGGAAAUAAUUAUUCCCAUCAGAGAAGUCAUUUGCAAAGAGUUUUGGCUGCUCUAUCUUUAAUUUAAUACCAUCUUUCAGGAACCCCUGAGGUUUUGGGUUCACGAUUCUUUAUAACGUUUGAGAGAAUAGGGUGCAGUGAUUAUGUUGGAGCCAGGGCAAGAACAAGGGUACUUGCCAGGACCUAGGUACCAAAAAUAUUUAAACAUAGUAAAGCCUAGACUGGGAAGUAACGCUUUGAUCCAGUGGGUCAAUAUUCAUGAAGUGUACAUAUAUAUAUAUAUAUAUAUAUAUUUUUUUUUUUUUUUUUUUAGUAAUUCCAGAUAGCUUUUAGAUAGCCAAAGUAUUUACAAUGCCCACAAAAAAUUGAUUCAUCCUUUUUUAUACAGUUACUGCUGUAAUUAAAUCUUGACUUCUCAUGGCUUGUAACUUUUGAAAUAGAAUUUUCUCAUGAUCUGGAAUUGGGUUUAUCUUAUCUGGCUUUAUCAGAUUGACUCUUUUCCAUUGUGUUUCUUAGAUUGUAAUAGACCUUUAUUGACUCUGGCUUACAGAACCAGCUGAGCUGAGCUUAGAUACAUCUAGUACAGAUAUAAUCACUUUUUCUCUCAAUUUAGAAAUUACCCUAAUAAACUUUACACACACUGACAUGUCUUGUUGAAGGAGUUGUAAACUCAGUUAUAUACAGUCAAACUAAUGGAUACAAAAUAUAAGAGUAUUCCACUUAAGAUACAUACAAGAAAAUUUCAACCAGUUUUUAAAUAAAAAAUUAUAAAAAUUCUUUUGUUAUCAUAUUUAAUCAAUAUCCACAAAGCAGCUAUGCCACUUGACUUUUCCUUAUCCCUCCUCAAAAAUCUAUUCUCAAAAGAUUAAAUCUCCUGCCAAAACGAUAUUCAUGAGAAUGUCCCAUAAGUUCUGAAGAUAAUACCCAGAACUGGUCUAUUUUAAGCAAAGAAAGCGUCAUUGGAAUACAUGUUUACCCUGAUGUUGAAUCAUAUUUGAAAUGCACUAGAGAGAUACCUAUCUGACAGAUAUCAUAUAAUGAAUUCCCUUAGAAGUAAUGAGCCCUUAAUUUAUUUUCUGUUAUAAUUUGAAUUCCCACUAAGGCUUUUAAACUAUGGAUUUACUUGUAUUGAUGACUUCCUAUACCUAGAAGCGGAGAGAAUUAAUUAGGGCUGCCCCUAUCUUAGUGUGUUCCAUGCUCAGGUCAGCCUUUGACCCUUUUCUUUUGAUCUACAAAUGUUUUUAAACUCUUCCUGAAUCCACAUGCAAUGGCUAUUUUAAAGUGAAUGGAUAUUAGUUAUAACGUGCUUGACUGGCAAUGUUUUUGUGACUUUGUGUAUGUCCCCCACCUCCUCUCCAGGACUGUGGGGUCAUGGGGUUGAGGUUUACUAUUACCAAAUGUCAUAAAUAUUUCGUAGAAGUGCAUUGCCAAUAGAUAUUUGAAUGUUGCAUGUUGCUCAAAGGGAUUUCAUAUCUAAAGAACAUACACUACUAAUAAAGUGUCUGCGAGGAAAAUAUUGGCUGGGUUUUAGAUAAAACUAAGGCAAGAAAAAUGUAACAAGCAUUAUAUGGAAAUAAAGACACCUUUGUUAAAUGUACUGUUUUAUAAUGUUUUUAAUAAAGUUUAAUAGUC